CCCUCCUGCAGCUUGCAGGUCUGCGUGCUAGGCAGGCCGCCCACUCGCCCGGGCAGGAAGCCGACUGCCCCUGUUGACUCGCUACCUGCCGCCGCCUCCCGCUGGGCUAGAGAGCCCGCCGCGGCGCCAGGCGGAACAAUUGGGGGCCGGGCGGCGCCUGCCCGCUUCGACCGCCCCCGGGCCCAAGCAGCAAGCAGCCGCGCGCAUCGAUCCUGCGCGCUGCCGUGCGCCCUUGGCCUGGCUUGGCCCCGGCUGGCUGGCCUUCCCACCCCCAAGGCUGAGCCAUUCAUCGCCUGAGCGGCGGGUGCAGCAACGGCGACUGCCGGGCUGGCAUUGCACAGCCUCCGCCUGAGUCAUCAUCACAGGGGCCGCCGGCGAUGGAGCAACGCAAGGCAGCGAGGGCGAGAGAGCAAAGGACAGGGCGAGGGCGGCGAGACUGGUGCCUCUCGACGGGGUCACCGCCUGCCUCCCUCCGUUGCUCCUGCUAUUGCGCCGCCCGGGGACAGCCGGCCCAGCCCAACCUAGCUGGGGGAAUCCCUCCCUCUGCCCUGCCGGCUGCUGCUGCUGCACCCUGGUUCCAGCCAAGCGAUUGCCGAGCCGGGUCACCGAGUGCGCGCCGCGCCGGAGCGCCCGCCCAAGGCGAGGCCUCGCAGCCAGGCAGGCAGGCAGCUCGCGCAAGAGAAAGAGGCCACGUGAGCCGAGGCGGCGCCGAGCAAAGGCGAGGCGAGCCGGAUGCUGCACGCCGCAGCCAGAAGGGCCCGCGGGGACGGCGGCGCUGCGGCUGCGCGCCCUGGCCGGGCUCUGCUGUCGGGAGGCGAUUUUUGCCCGGAGUUGGGAUGGGUGCGUGGGACGGCUCUUAUGGGGGCCUGGCGUCUCAGCACGGUGGUCACCACACAAUCAUGGCCCGCUUGCAGCAGAGGCGCCACUGAGAGAGCCUUGGGGUUGUGGAGUCAGUCCUGAAGAUCUAAGGAACCCCCCUAAAGCCUGAGACUCAUGCCAGCAAAAACAAAGCCUCAGAUUAGCCAGGUUGUAGCAAUGACAACCACACAAUACAAGGUGACAUCUUACAC